UUCCGUCACAGCUGUGUGUGUUUUCCCUUUAUUUUUCCGAUACAAAACUAUGAGCUCAUCACUCCCUUGCCUCCUGUCCACCUCCCCGGCUGCUGUGUCGCCUCCUUGACUCGCAUCCAGUGCACAUUCUGCCUCUGGUCAUUCCGCAAUGCGAAUCCCCUUUGCCUAACCUUGAACUGUGCCCCAUUUCGGGUAGUGUUGUUCACCCUUCCGCCGAAUCUCUGCCAAUUUGAGCCUUAUCUGGAAACUUGUGUGUGUGUUUUUCCAUGUGAUUCCCGUCCGGGAGUGGCCACAAGUUGUCCCUGAAUUGAGGUAAAUAGUAAACAGACACUGAUUCUGGUCGAAAUUCAAUGGAUUUUCACGAGGGCAAGCGUCUCAGUCCCAUUGAUGAACACUUGCCGCCGGUUUUCGUGGUGAAGGAAGUGUACGAUGAUGGCAAUGCUCAGGAGAACUUUGAGUCUGAACUGGACAGAGCCCUGCUGGCCCGCUACAAGUACAUCGUCAUCGAGCCGCCGCGUCUGGGCGAGGAGACGGCCAGGUGGAUCACAGUGGGGAAUCUGCUGAGUAAGACCUCAAUUGUGACCGGAGCACUGUCCAUUGGCUCGGGUUUCGCACUGCCGGGUCGUUUCAUCGUGAGUGCACCUCUGUGUGUCGUCUCGAUCAUCUUCACGAGUCUCUACACAGUUUCCUGGUACUACGAUCCCUGUUGUCAAUACCAGGUGGAGAAGAAUCGAAAGACACUGGAGAGGAUCACGGACAAGGAAACCGCUCAGCCUGUCGUUCUCACGUAUACGGAAAAUUCACGACAGUGCUAUCUUCAGUGCACAAUCACUGUCCUGGCCACUGCCUUUUGCGCCUGGCGUUUCUACGUGUCCUUCAAGUGAGGAAUGAUCGCGGUGAGGAAGAAUCUUUAUCCAUUACUGAGCAAACACUGUCCACGUGAUUUUCUCUCUCCUCCGCAUUCGAUUUUUCUUAAUGAGCUUUAUAUGGUGAAGAAAAUUACGAGUGAUCAGGAGAGAUUUCUGGAGAGCAAUAGUAAUUUGUAUGGUGGAUUUGGAUAAAUGGCUGAAGUUUAAUAGUCUCUGCAUAGGAAUCAUAAAUUAUAAACUUUACUAGGCAAAAAAAAGAAAAGAAAUGUGAGGAAGAUAAAAGAAA